AUUUCUGCCUCGCCAAGGCAGAGGAUGAGGCUCGGCUCCUUCUCCAGUGCAGGCUGGUGGUCUACGCACUGCUGGGGCUGUGGUCCCUGCUGGUGGGGGGGCUGCCCCUGCCCUGCCCCCCCACCUGCCAGUGCUAUGACACCUCCAAAGUCUUCUGCUCGGAGGAGAGGAUGCAGGAGAUCCCGGCAGGCCUGCCAGGGAAUGCCACCCAGCUCUUCUUUGUGGAGACGGCCCUGAGCAGCGUCCGCAGCGGGGCCCUGGGCUCCAGCACCACCCUCACCAAGCUGGUCUUCCUCAACAACAACAUCCAGGAGCUGGAGGCUGGUGCCUUUCUGGGACUACCCAGCCUUGCCGAGCUGGAGGUAUCGGGCAACCCUUUGCCGGCAAUCAGCCUGGGGGUGCUGGUGGGCCUGCCCAGCCUCAGAAAGCUCUCCCUGGGUGCCAACGCCAUCCGCUCUCUGCAGCCGGGGCUCUUCGCAGCCACCUGCCACCUGCAGGACCUGCGCUUGCCAGGGAACAAGAUCGAGGUGCUGCCCCCCGGCAUCUUCCGCCCACUCCGGCACCUCCAGACCCUGGAUCUCUCGCAGAAUAUCCUGACCAAGCUGCCGACCGGGCUGCUCGUCCCCCUUGCUGCCCUCCGCCUCCUCAAGCUCAGCGACAACCUGCUGGUGCGGGUGCCCCUAGGUGCUUUCGGGGCACUGGGCCAGCUGGCUGAGCUCCACCUGGAUGGUAACCGGCUGGAGGAGUUGCCGGACAACGCCUUCGUCGGGCUUGGUGGGCUGCGGCGGCUGCAGCUGCAGCACAACGCCCUGGGCAGCCUGACCCCCAACAUCUUUGCUGGUCUCCCCAACCUCACUGUUCUUAGCCUGGUGGCCACCCUGCCUGCCACCCUCUUCACCGGCACCCCUCACCUCCUCCACCUCUCGCUGGCCCACAACCAGCUGGAGACACUGCCCCAGGGGCUCUUUGCUAACCUGUCGGCGCUGCAGACCCUGGUGCUCUCGCACAAUGCCAUAGCCCACCUCCCCGCCAGGGUUUUUGAGGGGCUGGCGGGACUGGCG